ACUGAGGAGUGGUGCAAAAAGUACGCGGAGUUGAUGAAGAUGGUGGCUCGAGUGAAUCAGUUACGUGAGAAGGUUCAACGCCUUCCGCAUCCCGGCGUCGUCUACGACCUAUCUCCCUACCUCACUGAGAUAAAUGCUGUACUGGCAAUGGUCUUGGACUACUUCCGAUGGCUCGAGAGUGGUGUGAUGUCCUAUCGCACGUUUGGGCACCUCCGGCGACUUCUGACAUGGUUCUCUCCGGGAUACAGUGAGAUGGCCAUGUCAGGCGAACAUGAACCCUGGAUGUUCCGUGGUGGCCUCAUUACGGAAAUCCAAGUACGUGGCUUCGACUGCUACCGCCUAUUAACGAUCCUGUCGCUCUCCUAUUUCCUUGGUCAAACACCAUUUCCAUAUUAA